UGGUCACACAGUCUCUUCAUAGCUGUGUAGAGCUUUGUUUGGUGUUUGUGUUUAGUCUUGUAGGACAUAGAGAUGGCUUCUCUGGUGCGUCAGAACUUCAGUGCUGAGUGUGAGGCUGCGGUGAACCAAAUGGUGAACCUGGAGCUGCAUGCCAGCUAUGUCUACUUAUCUAUGUCCUACCACUUCGACCGUGAUGAUGUAGCCUUGAGCCACAUGGCCAAGUUCCUGAGGGAGCAGUCCCAGGAGGAGAAGGAGCAUGCCGAGAAGUUCCUCCAGUACCAGAACAAGCGAGGGGGUCGCAUUGUGCUCAAGGACAUCAAGAAGCCAGAGCAGGAUGGGUGGGGCAGCAGCCUGGACGCCCUGGAGAAGGCCCUGCAGCUGGAGAGGAAGGUGAACCAGGCCCUGCUGGAUCUGCACAAGCUGGCGACAGAGAAGGGAGACCCCCAUCUGUGUGACUUCCUGGAGUCAGAAUACCUGGAAGAGCAAGUGAAGGCCAUCAAGCGGCUGGGAGAUCACCUCACCAACCUGAGGCGCCUGGGAGUGCCCCAAAGUGGCAUGGGGGAGUACCUCUUUGACAGGCUCACCUUGGGGGAGAGCAGCUGAACACCCAUCACUGAAAUGAUGAAUUUGGAAAUAAAUAAACCAAAAUGCUAGCAUAAAAGCCUAA